AUGUCCGACAAGAUGAGGUGUCUAAGUUGAUAGGGUCAGUUCGAUCAUCAGUAGGUUCGGUUGUUGAUCUCACGGACAAGAUUUACUCUUUGACAAGUGCUAUAGUUACAAAGGUUGCUUUUGGCAACGAACAAGAAGAGCUUCUGCAACCACUCCAUGCAGCAAUAGAAGCGGGUGCGUAUCAUUUUCUUGAUUUCUUCCCUUCACUGAAACAUGUUCCUCUCAUAACUGCGAUGGAAGAAGCAAAGUUGGUGAAGAUUCAUAAGAAGAUAGACAAGAUUUUAGAGGAUAUUCUCAAGGAGAAUCAGAAGAAGCAGAUCAGAGCAGCAGGAGGAGGAGGCUGUGAGAUUACUGGUUCUGGGGAAGAAAAUCUUGUUCAGGUUCUCUUGCGAAUCCAGCAAAGUGGAAGCCUUGAUAUCACAAUCACAAAUGACAACAUCAAAGCUGUUAUUUGGGAUAUAUUCAUUGGUGGAACCGAUACUUCGGCAACAGUGCUGGAAUGGGCCAUGUCAGAAAUGAUGAAAAAUCCUAAAGUGAUGGAAAAGGCGCAAGCUGAGGUUAGAAACGUUUUCAAAGGGAAGAAAGUAAUUCGUGAUAGUGAUAUGAUUCAACUUAGUUACUUAAAACUAGUGAUCAAAGAAACUUUGAGGCUGUACCCGCCUGUUCCUUUGUUGGUUCCAAGAGAAUGUAGAGAAACCAGCAAGAUUAGUGGCUAUGAAAUACCCAUCAAAACUCAAAUUAUAAUAAAUGCAUGGGCACUUGGAAGAGAUCCAAAUUACUGGUACGAUGCAGAGAGGUUUAUACCAGAGAGGUUCCAAGGCAAUGAUUCUGAUAUUGAUUUCAAAGGAACGAACUUUGAGUACAUCCCUUUCGGAGCAGGAAGAAGAAUGUGUCCGGGCAUUUCAUUUGGCUUAGCAAGCGUUGAGCUUCCUCUGGCUUGCUUACUCUACCACUUCGAUUGGAAACUCCCACAUGGGAUGGAACCUGAGGAUUUAGAUAUGACUGCGGCUGCUGCAAUCACAAACAAAAGGAAGAACAAUUUGUGUUUGAUUGCCACACCAUACAAUACUGAUUCUGUUAUUGGCAGCUCCUAGUGAAAGCACGUACCCACCCACAAUAGUAGUCUCUUGAUCUCCUUGUUCUUUACUAUCAUGCGAUGUGGGUAUGGAUUAUAUUUUGGAUUUGGAACAAUAACUUGUCCCCUUCAAAGAUAGGUCAACAAAACGGAAUCUUUACAUAUGUGUAAGAAUGUUCGAAAAUGCGUAUGGUGAAUCCUGAGGUUUUAUUUAGUACUAUGAACUGUUGUACUUAAAUGGAUCGAAGUUACCUGCCCUGUAUCUCGGUCGAUUAUGUAAACUUGAAAUCUGAUACAUGCUUCUUUUACUUUUGUUAUCUAA